GUGAAAAUAGGGACUAUUCUUCGAUUUAAACUCCCAGAACUGCCACCUGACCCUGCCUCAUGACAGGGACCGCCCUCGGAUCUAGGCGUGAGGAGCGCGUCUGCUGCCAGAGGGGAGUUGCUGGCUGAUGCGGUUUCUCCCAUCUUGGGACUCUUUCGGCGGCUCUGGGCACGGGACGCUUCCGACGAUGGCCCAUAGCGACGAGGGGCAGAGGGUUGGCUCGGGGUCCCACCGCGCGCCGCCCCGAUCUCUCGUCCUUCGCCCCUCCCUGUUGAUUUCUGCUGCUUCCCAAGAGUUCAGCAGCAGAUCGAUUCGGAAGUAAACCGAGGGGCUUACGCGCAAGUGCACGUGCGAUCCAAUUCGAUGGUUCUAUGACGUGAAUUGGAUCGCAGCCGCUUCGCGACUUCCUUUCCCGCUCGGACUCUCCGGCAACUCAGCUGAGGAGAAGGGAGGGUAGAGCGGGCGCGUCAGGAAAGGAAAGAAACCGACGAAAGACCAGCAGAGACGGAGUUGAGCUAAACCGAGAUUCAGCCUAGCCGGGAAAGAAUGGUCCUCCUCCUUCCCGUUCUAGCUCUGCAGUCGCCAACCCGGACGCGCGCGGUUUGAAGGCGAAAGCGAAGACUCCAGGGGCUAAGAAAUUGGCUCCAACUUGAUCCUGCAGAAGGCAAGCUGACCUGAACGGACCAUGCAUAACAAUCACACUGAACUCCUUCAUAAUCAGGCCCUGCAGCCUUUACAGUGGCGGAAUGAACAUAGAGAGGUCCGGGUGACUGUGGGGAGCGCAGCAAUUCAACCCACUGCCUUUGCUCCUCCACGAACAUUGCUGAGGAAAACCUUGGUGGCCGUAGAUGUUGUGUGUUUACUUGUGGCCUCCAUCCCAUUCUUCAUCUGUGAAUUCGGCCUCGUUUCUCCAGUGCGUCGUGGCUUCUUCUGCAAUGACAGUAGCAUCAGCUACCCCCUGCAGCAUCCUGAGACCAUCACUGACACAAUGCUCAUUUCAGCAGGCACCCUGAUCUCCUUCCUAGCAAUCACUGUAGGCGAAAUCUUUCAUGUGCAUCAUCUGCCUUGUAGAUCACGCUCUACAAUCUCCAAUCCUUAUGUGGCUGCCCUCUAUAAAGAAAUUGGGGCCUUCCUUUUUGGAUGCUGUGUGGGUCAGUCACUCACUAACGUGGCAAAAGUUGCUGUAGGUCGCCUCCGUCCAUAUUUUCUGGCUGUCUGUCAACCUAAUUUAACUCACAUUGUCUGCUCUGCUGGAUACCUGGAGGACUAUGUUUGCACUGGUAGCCGCUCUAAGGAAAAGGAGGCCAGAAAAUCCUUUUACUCUGGACAUGCCUCCUUUGCCAUGUAUACCAUGAUGUACAUAGUGUUCUACCUGCAGGCCCGAUUCACCUGGCGAGGCGCUCGACUGCUACGGCCACUGGUCCAAUUUGUGUUACUGAUGCUAGCCCUGUACACGGGGCUGACUCGCAUUUCAGACUAUCAGCACCAUCCAUCUGAUGUGAUUGUGGGACUGCUGCAAGGAGCACUUGUAGCCUAUUGGGUGGCUUUCUAUAUUUCCAGCAUGUUUCACUGCAAGCAGUAGCCUCAUCCUGUGCCAUCAAGCAUCUUGGACAGUCCCAGCUCAGACCAUCAGACAGAUUGCUAGGAAAGACUCAAAGACAGGCAGAGGCUACUUCUGUUUUGUUAAUUGCAGGACCUCAACCAACUGAGCCACUAGCUGGACAUUCACUGCUAAACAAACUGCAUUGGCAAAGUGGCACAGUCACGGCCAGCUUGAGGCUCCUUGGAAGCAUUUGAUCCCUGUUGUAUCAACAGCCACUGCUACAUCAAUUUCUGGAAGCACCAGGAGGAACAGCAAAUGGUGCACUGAAGAUCUCCCCUUCCUCUGAGUGUUGUAGGGCAGCCUUGUUUUCAUUGGGAUGGGAAAACAUUAGACCACUCUACGCUUGAGCCUCUCUCCUACUGGAAAACACCAUGUCCACAUCACUGUUCCUGUUGGGCUUUCCUUCAGAACACAAAAAUCCACUUUUUACAAACCGGUAUUAUUCAGGAAGACUCGCCCUUCCUCUUCACUGAUAUUGAGAUGAUCUCAUCCCUGAAGUAUUAUGCAGUCAAAUGAUGUUGCUUGGAGAAGGGUAACAACUCUGGAAUAUUUAGUACCUGUUGUUUUAGUGGGGCAUUUCUACUGCUUUGAAGGUCAAUUGAGUGUCUUGCAGAAAUGUACUAUUAUAGAGAAGGAAUUAAUCACAAUUCUGAAAUUAUAGGAUGGGAAGAAAGUACCUAAGAACCUAGCCAUUCUAGGCAUCUUCCAAUUAUGUUGGGAUAGCAUCUCCCAACUGUGUGGCCAAAUUUUAAAAAUUCAAGGCGUUACAGACCUAAUCUAUCUCAUGUUUGUAGAAAACUGGUAUAGAAAAAAUCAUGAAAGACCUGAUGAGACCUUCCUCUUUUCUAAACCUGAUCUCUUCUACUCCUUAUAAUGUGAAAGAUUUUUUUUUUAAUAAAUGGUACUGACAAUCACAUAAUUUAA